AUGGCCGAGGGCUCGGGGCGACCCGAGCGGGACGUGGAGGUGGUGCCGCAGUUGCAGCGUCUGAUCACGCCUGAACCCCACGUUCGACCUGGCUCUGGAGCUCGGCGAGUGCGUGUUCAUCCUCGUCCCUCGCAAGACUCGGCCACGGGUCGCUCCUCGCGUGCUGAGGGCACCGCAGCUCCGCCACGCAGCCCUUGGUCGCGUGCCCAGGAGCUGAUGCAUCUAGUCAACUCACGUGCGGACCGACGAGGGCUGCUCGAGGCGGACGAGUCGGACGAUGACCUUUCCGACGAUGUUCUCGCUGUCUCCAAUGCUGACCUGACUCGCCAGCUCAGCGAGCUUCAGGCUGAGCUCUCGGCACAGGACACCGAUAGCCUAAACAUCUCUGGCGAAGACGGCAUUGCAACAAGCCCAGAUUGCGAGCUCUUGGAUGCGAGUGCCCGGCAUACCAGUCCCGUACCUAAUGGCAAUGGUACCGAAUCACAUCCUACGCGCACCUCCGUUCAAGUCUCGGGCAGAACUUCGCUGGCCGGCGCAGAGCCACCCAGUCUCACUGCCCACGUGAGCCAGACCGCCAAGACCACCGCGCAAGGAUCAUCGGCUGACCUUCUCAACGCGUAUCAGCAGGGCCACGAGAACGCCGAGGUCAAUGUCCGUCUGGAUGAGGCGGAAUGGGACGCUCGGUAUAUGCGCGCAGCCUAUUGGCUGCACGAUGCCAUCAACGGGCAUGACAAGCAUGGCCUUAUGGCCAUGAGUGAGCGCGGUCGGCCUUUUGUACUUCUCUUCACCAUGCGCAAUCACCAAGCCGCCCGCAUCAUCUUCACGCUGACCGUGCUACUGCACACUGCCUUGGUCUGGAUUGAAGAAGACCACCGUGCAGCUAGCCUGGCCCUGGCGCCCUUGGCCAUUGCCAUUUAUUGUGUCGAUGCUGCCAUCAAGGUGUACCUCAUGGGUGGAUGGAUAUUUCUCAGCAAGAAGUGGAAUCGUUACCUUGCCUUGCUCAUCGUCUUUUUCAUCACCGAUUACAUUUGCUACUGCAGCAACGUUGUCCAGGCUUUCCGUCUGCUGCGGCCCUGGAUCCUGUUGACGCGCGAGCGGGAAAUUCGACGGUUGUUCCAGGCUUUGGCCAGCAGAGCGUUUGUCAUGCCCGUCCUCCGCCUGAUGGUGGGCAUCUUUUUCUUCGUCCUCCUCUUCAGCGCCAUGGGCGUGCAUCUCUUUCGAGGGUAUUACAGCACGCUUUGCGCCGACACCGACGACCCUGAGUUGCAGGGUGCCUUUGACAACGUUCUCAUCGCAAUGGUGCACAUGUUCACUCUCAUGACGACCGAGAACUAUCCCGAUAUCAUGCUCCCUGCUUGGCUUCGCCAUUGGGAGAGUUUUAUAUUUUUUGGCAUCUUUAUUGGUCUUGGUGUUUUCUUGAUCGUUCCCAUGACCCUGGCCGUGGUAACUGACUCCUACUGGACCUCGGCUGGCCUGCAGGCAGCCGCGUUCCUAUGCCGCCAUCAGUACAAGAAAGAUCGUCGAAAAGAACGCAUCGCGCUUGUGCGCGCCUUCAAUGAACUCGACCCGGAUGGCAACGGUACCAUUGGCUUUAUCGAGUGGCAGGGCCUGAUGCAAACCUUUGCAUGCUGGCGUCCAUUGCAAUUGUGGUUUCAAGGCUUGAUCGAAGCCCCCGGUUGGAAUCUGGGAAUUCGUUUUUUCAUCGGAGUCUACUUUCUGCUCUUCUGCAUCACCUGGCCCGAUGAGCCGGAUGAUUUUCUCGAAUCCAUUCAGGGCAUUCAACUUGGUCUCUGUAUCCUCUUUGGGCUUGACUUGGUGGUGCGCAUGUUUGUGCGUGGCCUUGACUUUGAGGGCGGCUUUGUACUCUUUGGCAUGCCUGUCUUUGCGAUUGAGAUUCUUUUGGUUUCAGUAUCUCUGCUGGAGCACAUCUUGUUCUACACGGACACGUGUUCAACCGGCAUUUGCGCGGUUCUGGGCAGCACGGCACAGUUUGUCCGCAUGCUGUACAAAUCGCAGUCUUCGUUGGUGGCGCUCCAAGUGCUGGAUGCUACGGGGCGCAUGAUCCUGAAGCUCGUCGUGUUAACCAUGUUCUUCUCAUACAGCUUUGCAGUCUUGUUUUGGGAAAUGUACCAUGGAGUGGAUUCCUUUGCUCCAGACUACUGCGCUGCCUUUGAUGAAACGACAAACUGCGUGGUCGACAGCGGGCUCGGCAACUUUUCCGUCUUCAGCUGCUCCUGGCUCAUCGUCUUUCAGAUAAUUUCAACGAGCAACUGGCACGAGCUGAUGAAUGAAGUUAUGGCGCAGCGCAGUCGCUGGGACUCGCUCCUGUUUAUUUUGUGCUACUGUGCCAGUCAGUUUGUCAUGGUUUCGCUGAUGAUUGGUACGGCCGUGGAGAACCUCUUCCGGUACACCAAGGCUCAAGCUGAAUUGGUCAAGAACGAGGCACCUCAUGCCAAGCCAGAGUCAGUGACGAGUGUCAUGCGAGGCAAGCGUCGGUUUUUGAGCAAGCUUGGUGGCAAGCGCGGUCUCCUGCGCGGCGGGAGUGCUGGUGCAGGUGACGGAGGCGGUGCUCCUGUGCCCACAAUGCUUGCGUCAACGAAAAGUGAGGGUUCGGGAGCACAGGCCAUCGGGACAGCCGUUGAGCAGCGGCGGCAACAACUGAGGGCCCGACAGGAGGCACGCAAGCAACGUAAAAAAGAGAAUCGCAAGAAAAAAUUGCCCACGCUUUGCGUAGCCAUUGCACAUGAAAAAGCACACGCAGCCGACGAGUUACCGCUAGUAAAGGGUGAUGUGGUCGAGAUUCUCGAACACGACGAGGCCAACGAUCGUUUUCGAGGCAAAUGCGCGGGCUCGGCUGGAUGGUUUGACGCCCGCUUCGUGAUGAUUGUAUUGGACGACGCCAUGAUCAAAGACUUGCGUGCUUAUGGAGCGCAGCAAGAGGAGGACUGGGUCUUGAAUGAUCGACGAAAGUCAGAUGCCAAUGCCGUCACCAUGGACGCGGCCGGUGUCUCGGUCAAGAAUCAAGGAUUUAGUCGAGCAGAUAUGGUGGCAGACAAGGUGACGGAAAUGAAUCCCGACGAGCUCUUUGAACUGAAUCGCCUGGCCAACGCCAAUAUUUUUGCACGAGAUGGACGCCGCAAGCGUGAGGGUCGCAAACAGGAGCUGGACUCGCAGCGUCAGGAGACAGAAGUGCGGGUGGCCCAUCGGCUGCACCCAUCGCGAUCUGCCACCCGAGAGACCGAGCGUACCGCAACACCGCGAACACUCUUGUCCGAAGCCAUGAACAGCCGGCCUACUAGCACGACGCGCAGUGUCCAGAGUUUGCGAAUUAGCGAGCCCCCACCUCCGUCGACGCCUACAACAGCCGCUAUUGUGAUUUCCUCGGCUGAUGGGGCAGACCCGGACGAGGAUGAGCAAGACGAGAAUCAGACGACAUCUUCCCGUAAACGUGUUCAAUUCCGGGCCAGUGUCAAGAUGGAAGAUGGGUCCGAGGCGGAUCGACGCCGAGACGAGGAGCGAAAUCGCAUGGCGACCGAGGGGACACCCUCGGCUUGGUUUACAAAGUUUGUGCAAGACAAGCAGGUGCAGAUGGUUGAGGGUCAUUUCAAUGUGGAGGACGUGAGCACUGGACGCAAGUCACCCAAGGCACGGCGGAGCACUGCCAUCAGUCCAACUGAAGAGGAUGAUUUGCGCGCAGCCGCAGCGGCGGCCAUGGCUUCAACCGAAAGCUCGACCAAGCCGUCGUCAGCUGGAGCGAAUGUGUCAACUGGCCCCAUUGCAGCCACCAAUGGUGUGAAGCCCAGCGUUGUGUCUGACUUUGACCUGGAAGCAGCCAUGGCGGCACAGCUUGCCAUGUUGGGCGAUGGUGAUGAUGAAGAUGUCGCGGAAACUGCGGCCUAA